AUGAAGAUUGUAUUCGCUCUUUUUGUCUUGAUGACAGUUGCCCUUUCAAAUGCUCACUACAUUUGUGGUCCAAACUUUUGUAAUCCAAAUUACAGUUGUGUUUUUGAUGGACACAAUCACGGAUGUAUCUACGGAUGUGGUGAAAUGGUCACUCUCACCCAACGUGUUGUCAAUGAAUGGAAUGUAGACUCCCAACACUUUGUUCAAGUUCAAGUUUCAAUCACCAACCAUGGUCCACACAAAGUCAACAAUGUCAUUAUUGGUGCUGCUGAUGGUACUUUGAAUUUAAGAGAUCAAACCAAUGGUUCAAUCUGGAACAUCCAAUGUCUCAGUUCGAAUGACUUCACUCUCCCAUCUGCAACCCCAAUCAUCAAUGUUGGACAAACCUUCAACUUUGAUAAUUUAAAUUAUAUUCUUGGAAAAAGCUUCAAAUGGUUUAUAGUAUUCCCUUGCAUCGCUGCUGGUUUGGGUACAUGGCAGGUCUAUAGAUAUCAAUGGAAGAAAGAUCUGAUCGAGAAGGCAAAGGAAAACGUAGCUAAAGAUCCGAUCGUAUUUAACGAGAAUACAGUCAAUGCUAUUAUGGCCUCUAAGGAUUCACAUAUGGUCGGUGCAUCACAACUCGAAUUCCGAAGAGUACAACUCAAAGGUCAAUAUGCAAAUGCCGAGAACAACAUGCAUCUAGGACCAAGAACCAACGAUAACAACGUUGGUUACUAUCUGAUCACACCUUUCAUUUUGGAUUCAGGCGAUAACAAUGAAAACAACAACAACAACAACAAUUCACGUUCAACUAUCUUGGUCAAUAGAGGUUGGGUACCAAACUAUAAAUUAGCAUCAAAUAAGGAAAGUAAUAAGAAUAUAAAAGAUAAGUUGGUUGAAAUCGAGGGAUUGGUUGGAAAGUUUAAGGAAUCUGGAAGUGCUUUUACACCUGAUAAUCAACCUGCACAGAAUCAAUGGUAUUAUAUUAACGCUGAGGAGAUGGCAAGAGAAUCAGGUGCAUCGGCACCAAUCAUUGUCAAUGCGCUCGAUGAGACAUUUGUAGGUGAUCAACAACUAACUAGAGAGUUUAACAACUCACUUAAACGAUUCAACACAAACAUCGAAUCAAACUUUUACAACAAGCAUAUGUCCUAUAUAUUCACCUGGUAUUCUCUUUCAGGUUGUCUAUCAUUCAUCUAUUAUAAAUACAUGAGAAACAUACCAUUAAAGAAAUAA